UUUAUUAUUGAAAAAUACUGAAAUUUUUAUCAAAUAAAAAAAUUACAGAUAUUUUACGGGAUGGGCAUAGAGAACAAUCCUACGAUUAAGGAACGUGCGGAGCUCCCAGCGGACGAAGAGAUUGACUUACAAAACAGAAUAAAGAAAAUCAAAGUAAUGGUAAUAGAGCACAAAAAAACGGAUAAGGAUAGGAAAGAAGAACCAACAAAAGAUAUACUCGUAGAGACGACGACGACUGAGGAAGAAACGGGCUGUUUAAUUGAUGUUCUGCAUUUGCAGAUGCUGCAACUAAUUGAGGAGCAGAUUAGUCAGCAGCUUGCACUGGAAACGCACACAUCCAGAGCACGUCUAAUCCUGGCCAGAACCCGCCUGCAGCAGGGAACCUUCAGGACAGCAGCCACAACCCAUUUGCCUGGUUCUCAACCCUACAGAGCUCUGUGCCGAGUCGUAGAACAGGGUGUGUCCUGGGGCAGCAAUCUAAACCUGCGCCGUUUUGGAGUGGACCCAUCUAGGGGCUUUUUGGAGCCAGUUACUCACAUUUUUGGCAGCCUGGUACCAUACAGCUUACGCUUGGCGAGUCGUGUUUGGGAACGCUGUGUGGACGAGAUUGUGGAAUGCGUUAAUGUCCAGCGGGAGCUACAAUCUGUAGUCAGAUGCAUUGAACGAUUGAAGUGGGCGCGGUACAGAAGACGCAAUGUAUGAGGGGAAGGGGUGAUAAGUUCAAAAUGGCAUUAACCAGAAGACGAGAGACGAGAGACGUGGACUGUCCAUGCAACCGUCUCGAUUGAAGCUAUUAAUAGCCUAAUGUGCUGCCUGAAUGUGUAUCUUUGUCUAGUACUUGUAUCUGUAUCUUCCUGUAUCUCUCCGCGUGCUUGUAAUUGCUUUUUAAAAUAAUUCAUAUAAAUAAGUUACAAAAGUGGUGCGUAAGUUGCAACCAGGGGAAUA